AUGCCUCAGUUUUCCACAAAUAUCAUCAAUCGCUUUGCGGCUGAAGAAGAAGCGACGAAGACGGAUUGGCAUUUUGUGCAACAUGAAAUUCAAGGGGAGUCUGCUGCUGUUGCCAUUGACUCUUGUUCUUUCUGUCGCUUGGAUGCUCGUGUAAUGUUUGUUGGUUUGCAGAUUGCUGAAGACCCCAAAACAUGCCCAGCCAAUCGCGAGGUCAAGUGUGAUGGCGAUGGCUGGGAAGGGGAAUUCUUCCCUGGCAUCUCAAAAAUUAAGUAUGAGGGCCCAUCUAGCAAGAAUCCACUUUCAUUUAAGUGGUACAAUGCUGAGGAGGAGAUUCUUGGGAAGAAAAUGAAGGAUUGGUUUCGGUUUAGUGUAGCCUUUUGGCAUACAUUUCGAGGGACUGGUGCUGAUCCUUUUGGCGCCCCAACAAAAUCAUGGCCAUGGGAGGAUGGUACAAACUCAUUAGAGAUGGCCAAAAGGAGAAUGAGAGCACACUUUGAGUUCUCAGAGAAGCUUGGUGUUGACAAAUGGUGUUUCCAUGAUAAAGAUAUUGCUCCAGAUGGUAAAACGUUGACAGAAACAAAUGCAAACUUGGAUGCAGUGGUAGCUCUUGCAAAAGAACUCCAGGAGAGGACAAAAAUCACACCAUUGUGGGGCACAGCACAACUCUUCUUGCAUCCUCGCUAUAUGCAUGGAGCUGCUACAAGCUCAGAAGUUGGGGUUUAUGCUUAUGCAGCUGCUCAAGUCAAGAAGGCAAUGGAGGUAACACACUACUUAGGAGGAGAGAACUACGUAUUUUGGGGUGGACGUGAAGGUUAUCAGACUCUUCUCAACACUGAUAUGGGGAGAGAGCUUGAUCACUUGGCAAGUUUUCUUCAAGCUGCUGUCAAUUAUAAAAAGAAGAUAGGAUUUAAUGGAACAUUGCUGAUAGAACCAAAACCUCAAGAACCUACCAAGCAUCAGUAUGAUUGGGAUGCUGCAACUGCCUUUGCUUUCCUUCAAAAAUAUGGCCUUUCAGGGGAGUUCAAGUUGAAUAUUGAAUGUAACCAUGCCACUUUAUCUGGUCAUAGCUGUCACCAUGAGCUUGAAACUGCAAGAAUAAAUGGAUUGCUCGGAAAUAUUGAUGCAAAUACUGGUGAUCCGCAGAUUGGUUGGGACACUGAUCAGUUUCUCACGGAUAUUGGAGAGGCAACCCUUGUUAUGCUCAGUGUUGUGAGAAAUGGAGGGCUUGCACCUGGUGGAUUUAACUUCGAUGCAAAAUUGAGGAGAGAGAGCACUGAUGUCGAGGACUUAUUCAUAGCUCAUAUUUCUGGAAUGGACACGCUUGCUCGAGGGCUUCGAAAUGUAGCCAAACUAAUCGAGGAUGGUUCUCUCGCUGAGCUUGUUCGCAAACGCUACCAAAGCUUUGACACCGAACUCGGGGCUUUGAUCGAGUCUGGUAAGGCAGAUUUUGAAACACUUGAAAAGAAGGCAAUUGAAUGGGGUGAACCAUCUGUUGCCUCUGGGAAACAGGAACUCUCGGAGAUGAUAUUCCAAUCCGUGUUAUAG